GUUUGAAGACAUCUGACAAAUCGACAAACCACAUACCGAUCUCGAGCGAAUGCAUGUCCGGAUCCGCAAGGGAUUCAGUCGCGAUUCUUUGACAGGGCUCACAGUAUUUCUUCAUGCUUACCUCUACUGCUGUCGGCGACAUUGACAAUGACAUCACAUCCGGAAGUCCUGAGAUGAAGGUUGAGCCCGUCAUCGUUACUGUUCCUUGUGAUGAUGAGAUUAUUUGCUUGGAUUCUGACGAAGGACCAUCUCCUCCACCAAAAGAGGCCGCCAUCAACAGCCGUUCCACAGUAUCAAGGCUUUUACUACAGGUCAUUCGGCUACACCUCAGUGAGCGUUGCUCCUCGCCUGCAUGUAAAGAUAUAAGGUUCCAAGCUCAGUCCCUCAAAAAGAAGGUUGAAGAGAUGGAAUCAGUGGCUACAAAGCUUCGACGAACAUGCUCAGCGCAGCAGAAAGAAAUGACUAGGUUAUCCAGCGAACUGGCAAAGAGUAAUCGGAAACUUUUCGAGAUGGAAGGCGUCGUCACUCGUCAGAGCAAUCUUAUCCGGGUUUUGGAAGGUCAACUCAAUGCGAUUAUGAGCACUGAUCCGCGGCCAUCACCGUCUGGGCACCUCAAUUUACAAAAGCCUGGAGGUAGUUCGCCAUUGAAUGGACGGUCGCUGAAUGUUACGCGAAAGGAGUCGCCACUGGUUCAGAGAAAAACGCGGAGCGAUGCGAAUAUCUCACAUCUCAACGGUGCUAUUAGCCCGACGGUGAAUGGUGGCAGAUUUUAUAAGGAUGCAGGCACUCAUAAUAAUGUUGGGAAUCUUACGGGUAAGAAGGCAUCGAAACAACCUGCGAUUCUUUCGAGCACUUCUCCAACUCCUUCGUCUCAUUCAUUGAAUGUUUGCAAUCCAAGGAGCGGCAGGAUCUCGUUAGAAGUUCCCUUUGUGGCUGGGAACCUUCUGCAAGAUUUUUCCUCACCCAUCGGGACACCUGUAAUGGAUUACCCAGCGGAAUGCCAUCACUGCAAAGUCGGUGGUCCAAUCGCAUUGGCAUUAGUUAUAAAGACGGAGCCUUUGAAUUUUUUAUUGACUAAAAAAGUUCAAGGAGUUGUUAAGUAUACCGCACAUAACGGAUGCCGGCCAAAGAAUGUUAAAAUAUAUGCUUAUCUGGAAAGUGCUGUCAAAGUACGAAGAUGGGCAUCUAGUUUAGUGCACACGUUUGCGGAUGCAGAUAAAAUCAAAUUCGACAUAAUCCUCUCCAAAGAUCAGCAAGUCGCUCAGUAUGAUCGCAUAGUGGCGUUUGCCUUUGCUUCGACGGGAAUGGACAAGUUUGUCACCAGUCGGGUAGUUUUCAAUAUUGGGUAUCCUCCCAUCAUGAAUAAUAAUCGACCGGUUCAACCGCCAGCCUCUGCACAAAGUCCAUUUGUCAUUGAAGCUAUGGAUACGAAUGCCACACCGCCACCAGUAUCAAGGAAGUUCUCGUCAACUUGUGUGGAUGAUUCCAAUUUCGAAGUUUAUCGGCCGUAAAAGGAAAUCACACAUUCUGGUUAUCUGGUUGUCAUAGAAGUUAUCGCCACGGCCGCGCGAAAUCGCGCAUGUCCUUUGCUCUCCCAUACUGCGUGUUCUUUUGGCCAGGAUAAGUAUUCCUAUGAAAUGACACAGAUGCAGAUUCUAUGUUUCAAAUGUUCAAGGUUGAGCAUUUAGCUCUUUGAAUAGAUUCCCUCCCCCUUCCCUCUUAUAAAUUUAUCUGUCUCAUAGCAAUGGUACAGUGACGUAACUGA